AUGACAAACCUCUGCCAAAAGAGCAAGUGGGGCAAGGAAUCACAGGGAAGCGCGGUGAGAGAGGACAGUCGGGGACGCAUGAGCCGAUAAAAACGGAGAAAAGGAUGAUUUCGCGAUACACCAGGCGGCCCGUAACGCACAAUCUUGAGAUGUAAGUAACGUUAAUGCUUGCUAGCUAGUGUACAAGCGUAUUAUUCUUUGCUAACAGUAAUUUAUGUCAUUCGAGAUUGAGAUAUGGUAACCUGAUUGACUAACGUUAGAUUGUUGGUAGCUACUGAUCGGGUAAGAACGUAAAGGAGAAUGUAUUGAUCAGGUCACAUGUGACGACAGCCCAUCUGUCACUCCAAGUCAAGGUCAGUUGCCUCCAUUACACAAAGCGAUGCAAUAGGAGGAUGUUGUUCAAUACUGUAAACUGAUGAUGUAAGGGUCCCACUCCUACCUCAUAUUUCAAAUCAAAUCAAACUUUAUUUGUCUCCUUUGCCGGAUACAACAUACCGUGAAAUGCUUACUUACAAGCCCUUAACCAACAAUGCAGUUCAAGAAAGAGUUAUGAAAAUAUUAACCAAAUAAACUAAAGUAAAAAAAUAAUAAAAAGUAACACAGUAAACACAAUAAAAUAACACUCCUUGUUUGUUUGGGAUCAAUGUCUUUUCACAACAAUAAAUAUCAACCCACCAAAGUAUUACAAUGAAAGAUCUAUCUAUCAAUGCUAUUGCUUAUUUAUGUUUUAUUAAGCUAUAUUUUCCCUUCUCUGCAGUCGUGGCUUAUCCCGAAGCAGCCUUGACCAUCACCCUCUCCCAGAGGAGGUAGACGAUGACUUCCUCCCCCAGCACCUCCUCCAUGACCUUCAGGAAGCUGUCUCCACUUACAACAGGUAUGACCUGUUCUCAAAGAACCGGACAGGUGAAACCAAGUACACUUGUAGGGAGCAGCUAUAUUGCUUUCCCAUAUCCUGUUUAGAUGUGUGAAGGCAAGGAGACAAAAUAGAGGGAGGUAGCCAGUUACAUAAUCUGAACAGCACAGUAAUAUACCUCACUGGUCUAAAUUAUUCCCUGGUACACUCAACAACACACACCACUGUAACGUACAGCAACAUGUAAACAAUGUCUGUCCUCUUCUGCAGCUCGGAGACGACGUCUGCAGCCGCGAGCCGAUCAGACUGUCCAGCGGUCACCACUGGAGACACAACGCGGUCCUGGUCUGGGAUCCACAGCUACACAGGGACAGGUAUCUCUACAGAGAGGAGCUCUGUCUUCUCCUGGGGCUAUGAUGUGAGUCUCACCUCGCCUUCUCAGCUGGCUGCCAGAAUCAUUCAGUUCAAAUGCCCGAUGUUCUGAGUAUUUUGAAGUGCAUAUAUAGCUAGGCCUAGCCAUGCUGAAUGCUACAAUAGUCUUGUAUACAGAUUACCAUUACAUUAGCCUAAUCAUGUUUGUAUUGUAAUGACUUAGUAAUGAGUACAGUCUGCUCUGUCUGCAGAGGUCAGUUCCCUCAUGGUUUCGCUUCGUUGUGAUGCUGAGAUUUUUAGAGCUUGCCUUCAAAAACAAAAAAACUAUGAUUUAUUUACGCACAGCCAUGUCCUCAGAAUGCCUCAUAGAACUCAUACCCCUGCAGUCCUUAGUUACUAACUUAAUAUAGUACAGUACACACACACACUUGCCUGUGCACGCACACACUGUCUCUCACAAAUACAUGCAAAUGGUACUACUUGCUCCAGCACAAUCACUCACACACAGUCACCUGGGAGCCAUAGGGGAGCCAUGUAGCCUGCUGUGAAAUGAACAGCGCUCAGCGACGUGCAGCUAAUAAUUGAUAAGUAGCUUGAAAAGCAACGACCUUCUGUCAUAGUGUGCCUCUCUGUAGGAGCUCCUCUCACUCUCUCUCUCUUUCUACCUUCCCUCUCUCCAUCCCUCAGGAGUUUGACAAGGCGGCGUCACGACAGGUGCAGCAAAUGUUUGAGGAGAUUGACGAGGAGCUUUACGAAGGGCAGGGUGGGGCGCAUCUACUGGGGCUGCAAGAUGAGUGUCAUCAGUGGGCGUUCAGGUUCCCUCACCUACGGUGGGUCCUCACCCUACUCCCCCUCACUUCUCACACACUGUCACACAUUUCUGCCACUCUAGCCUUGCUCCUUCCACUCCUCACCUGCAAAUGUAUCACUGAAGGUAAUUUGGCUGCAGUAAAGUGAUACCUCUUAAAAGAGAAGUACCUAAGAUAAAUCUGAUUUAGAUUUGUUUGCAAACCCAAGAAGAAACGACUUACCACAUAAUGAUCGGCCCAAAACCCUUGGGCCCCAUACACAAUGAGAGAAUGGAUCAUAGGCCAUUGGCUCAGCAUUACAAAAUUCAAUUGUUAAUAAAACAUUUUUUUUAAAUAAUCCUGUCGGUUGGAUUCAUUGGAGUUGUAAUCACUGUUUCACCACCUCUCCACCCUACUAUGUGAACCCACAGGAUUCUGGGUAGUCAGCUGGUGUGUCCCAGUGACGAGGGCUUCCAGUGGUACGCCACCUCAGGGAAGGGGACUGGGACACCCGCCAGCACCACUGCAGCUGGACAGAAGGACAGCAGCAGUAGCAAGCCACAGGAUAAGGACAAGCCCAGCCCCAGCACAGAGUGAGCACUGGAUACUCAUGCUGUUAACCCAUCAAUUAUAGAUGACCGUUAGCGUUGUGGUUUUGUGACCUACAUACUGUGUGGCUUGUCAAACAGCAAGUCAACUAAGUAACACAAGGCAUACUGGCACUGGCUAGGCUACUUUAGCUAGCUAGAAAGUUAGGACUGAUGUUGUUGAGAAACCGAUGUCAGGGUGAACCAUAUUGUUUGUUUGUCCAGUCUGUGUGUGCAGGGGAGAAGGGCUGUGCUGUCCAGGCCCUGUGCGGCAGUUGACCACCCCCCUGGUACUCCCAGUGGAUCCAGAGGUCAUGACAGGCCCAGGGUGAUCGAGGCUGAAGGCCUGAUGGAGGAGUACCUGGCCUUUGACAGCAGGGACCUGUGAGUCACCACCCAGCUCUCCUAUUUAGGACCGUUUAACUAUAGGGCCAUUUCAAAUACUUGAAAGUAUGGUGCACUUGAUUGAGCUUGUAGCCUACCUUUGGGAUUACCCCAAGGGUUCCAUUGUACCAACUAACCUAAAACCAAGCUUAGUAUUUGAAAGGCGUUGACAUUAUUUCGCCAAAGGUCUGUUGUGUUGAUGGUUUAAUGUGUGGUUUGAACUUUACAGGGAUGAUGAGUGGGAGCGGGGGUGCAUGGGGGCUGGUCGGCGGCGGAACUGCCUGCCUCCGGUGUCUCCCUACCGCUGUCGCAGACAGGCGGCCUUGGACUUGCUGUUUGACGACGUGUGGCGAGAGCUGGUUGGCUGGAUGGAGGAGCUGGUCCGCAGGCAUUGGGAGGGCUAUGUCUCAGGUAGGACCACAGGGCAAUGUCUUAUAGGCACUUUUGACUUGUCAUUGACUUAUAAGCCAACAAAUCCAUCAUUGCCAAAUUGACAGUAUUCUUCCCCAUCUUGUUGACAGAUGAUGAGAAGACUGCAGUGAACUUCAGCUCAUCACAGUCAGAUGCUGAGAAUCCUUUCCUGCUUCUGUCCAGACUUCCCACCCUUCUCCCCAGGCUAGGCCAGAGCAAGGUGCCCCAGCUAACAGGCAGCCUGCAACCCCAGGUCAGUGCCCUGAGAGGGGGGUGAAGGACCACCUCCUCAGAGAGUGGAAAAUCCUACUCCUAGGAUGUAGGUUUUAUGUCAAUAAGAAAUGUUACUAAGCACUGUGAUUGGACUCCAUAAUAACCUUCAGAUGUGUUUGAGAGUUUAGGACAAAUUUGGCAAACUGAAAACAGUCACACUGAUGCUGAAUUGUUUUCCCCUGCUGUCAGUAGUUCUUCUCACUCUGUUUUCAAGGCUAUCAAUUCAUUAACUUGAAUCCUUUUUUCUUUCCUUCCUUCUUUUUGUCCCCUACUCUGUCUUGUUCCUUGGUCUGUUUCACACCUUUCAAACCAACAACCUUGUGUCUGUCCACCUCACUCUCUCCUUUUCUCUCUCUCAUUUGGUCAUCUGUUUCUCCCCCAAAGACCACAAAAUCAAGGGUCUCAAAGCACAAGUCCAGACGGAAAUCCAAAAAGCAGAAAAAGCCAUCCACUGUAUGUAACUCUCACCUAGAGCCAAAAUGGCACUGAUCGACACCAUCCACAGUGGCAUGUUAUUAUUCACUCCUAGACUGAAUGUGCUUGUGCCUGUUGAAUAACACAAAACAUACCACAUUUAGUCACUUUCUUACUUCUUAACCAACUGUUGAGGUUUUUCUUACAUACGUUUCUCUUAUUUAAUUCAAUAAUGACUGUUUUGGAAUGCUUUUAUUUACUUCCCGCUUUAAUUGACUAUUUUGUCUAAUCGUCUGAUGGUCUCAAGUGGGUGGUGGUAUGUCCUCUCCACUUGGUUGCAUGUAGAAAAGCCGAGUUGGAGCUGACUAUGGUGACGUGCAAGUGUCCGUAGUGAUGAUGUGGCUGUAGUUAUUUAGGUGAAUGACCACUUUUGCCUAGUCUAACUGUAUCUUCUUCUGCCUCCCUCCCUCCCUCCUACAGUCCAGUCGGGUACCAGUAGGGGCAGCGGUGACGCAUCACAACCUCAACGACCUCAUUGUGAUCCACGGCAUCCCCCUGCAGCAGAGGAACAUGGGCGUGAUGGAGAGAGCCCAGUAUGGAGACUGAUCAUACUCAUGCUGAUACUAUAAGAAUCUUUAUUAGUAGAGUGUAGCAUAAGGAGCUAACUGUAACAGUGAACCACUCAUUAAAUAAGAGAGCAAGAGAUGGUUAUUAGCUAUGGGUAUGUAGGUUUAUGCAUAUGUUACUUUGAGUAAAGGUUCACUAUUUACUUCUCCUUCUCAGGGACCCUGAGGAGAGGGUGGUGGUGACCCAUCGGCCAGGGUCCAGUGUGAUCCCGUCCAGCAAGCCCCGUCCUCGCCGGGCGCUAGAGCAGAGCUCCUCCUCCCUGUCCCGUCCGCCCCAGUCAGCGCUACGCCGUAACCCGCCCCAACGCACCCUCCUGCCCUUGGUUCCCUGCCUGACACAGUCCAGCGCUGCCGGCUCCAUGGAGGAGGUAAUCCGUGGGACGCGCCUGUGAGUUAACUUAAAGGGGGUUACCCAUUCUCCAUCUGGUCCCUGUCCUCUUCCAUGUAGACCCCCUCCCUCCCCUCUUCUUUUAUUGCUCUGAAGCUGGAGAACCGUCUGUGCAAAGAUUACUUUGAAAGCUGUUUGCCGUUGAACUCUUGCCUUGUGGCGUUCUGUUCAGCAGAAUGGAAGGGGAAGAGAUGUGAGGAGUUGUGUGUGACUAAGUACCCUAACAGAUGAACUUUUAAUCAACCUUGAGUUAAAGAAUAUCUGCUCCCGAGUGAAGAAUAUCGGGCUCCCAAGUGGUACAGCGGUCUAAGGCACUGCAUCUCAGUGCUUGAGGCGUCACUACAGACCCCCUGGUUCGAUUCCAGGCUGUAUCACAACCGGCCGUGUUUGGGAGUCCCAUAGGGCGGCGCACAAUUGGCCCAGCGUCGUCCGGGUUUGGCCAGUGUAGGCCGUCAUUGUAAAUAAGAAUUUGUUCUUAACUGACUUGCCUAGUUAAAUAAAGGAAAAAAAAGUGUAAUUUGCCUUCGUGUGGAGUGAUUUCAGUCUGCUCCAUGUUAAAGGGGCUUGUGUAACUUUAUAGAAAGUGUGGAAAGUGAACAGGGCUGUUACUCUCUCCAGACCCACAGCCAGUGACUGCCUGGCCUCGCCUCUGAUGCCUCUGAGCAGGAACACACUCCUUCCCCCCAUCGGCACAGGAGAAGCUGAGCCCACGCACUCUGGACAGCACUUCAGACCUACUCAGGUACUGGACGAGUAGAACUCUGCAUACUAGUUGUACAUCUUGCACUGACUUGACAAAACUUAAUACUAUCACCUGCUAAUAACACAACACUAUUUUAUUUUGUGUGUGUGUGUGUGUGUGUAGCGGCACAGAGGUUCGUCCAGUCGUGCCCACAGUGCUGUUACAGAUGAAGCUGGUAGUUUGCUUCCUCGGGAUCGGCUUCAUCAAUUGGACGUAUUCUCCCGUCCCAACACCACCCACACCUACAGGGUAUGGCUAUAGUCACACACGCUAAAAGUUAUUAUACCACUACAGAACGAUUUAGCCAUAUUUUGUAGGUUUACAGUCGUGGUCAAACGUUUUGAGAAUGAUACAAGUAUUGGUCUUCACAAAGUUUGCUGCUUCAGUGUUUUUAGAUAUUUUUGUCAGAUGGUACUAUGGUAUACUGAAGUAUAAUUACAAGCAUUAAUUACAUUAAGUUUAUGCAAAGAGUCAAUAUUUGCAGUGUUGACCCUUCUUUUUCAAGACCUCUGCAAUCCGCCCUGGCAUGCUGUCAAUUAACUUCUGGGCCACAUCCUGACAGAUGGCAGCCCAUUCUUGCAUAAUCAAUGCUUGGAGUUUGUCAGAAUUUGUGGGUUUUUGUUUGUCCACCUGCCUCUUGAGGAUUGACCACAAGUUCUCAAUUGGAUUACCUCCCGAGUGGCGGAGUGGUCUACCCGCCUCUUGAGCUGUCCUGGUUCGAAUCCAGGCUCUGUCAUAGCCGGCCGCGACCGGGAGACCCAUGGGGCGGCGCACAAUUGACCCAGCGUUGUCCAGGGUAGGGAAUGGCCGGCAGGGAUGUAGCUCAGUUGGUAAAGCAUGGCGUUUGCAACGCCACGGUUGUGGGUGCGAUUCCCACGGGGGGCCAGUAUGAUUUUUUUUAUUUUUUAUAAUGUAGGCACUCACUAAUUUUAAGUCGCUCUGGAUAAGAGCGUCUGCUAAAUGACUAAAAUGUAAAUGUGAAAAAAUUAAGGUCUGGGGAGUUUCCUGGCCAUGGACCCAAAAUGUCGAUGUUUUGUUCCCCGAGCCACUUAGUUAUCACUGUUGCCUUAUGGCAAGGUGCUCCAUCAUGCUGGAAAAGGCAUUGUUUGUCACCAAACUGUUCUUGGAUGGUUGGGAGAAGUUGCUCUCAGAGGAUGUGUGGGUACCAUUCUUUAUUCAUGACUGUGUUCUUAGGCAAAAUUGUGAGUGAGCCCACUCCCUUGGCUGAGAAGCAACCCCACACAUGAAUGGUCUCAGGAUGCUUUACUGUUGGCAUGACACAGGACUAAUGGUAGCGCUCACCUUAUCUUCUCCGGACAAGCUUUUUUCCGGAUGCGCCAAACAAUCGGAAAGGGGAUUCAUGAGAGAAAAUGACUUUACCCCAGUCCUCAGCAGUCCAAUCCCUGUACCUUUUGCAGAAUAUCAGUCUGUCCCUGGUGUUUUUCCUGGAGAGAAGUGGCUUCCUCGCUGACAUUCUUGACACCAGGCCAUCCUCCAAAAGUCUUCGCCUCAAGCUCUGCACUGGUGGUGCCCCGAUCCCGCAGCUGAAUCAACUUUAGGAGAUGGUCCUGGCGCUUGCUGGACCUUCUUCACAACAAUUUAACCUCUCUCCUUGAAGUUCUUGAUGAUCCGAUAAAUGGUUGAUUUAGGUGCAAUCUUAUUAGCAGCAAAAUCCUUGCCUGUGAAGCCCUUUUUGUGCGAAGCAAUGAUGACGGCACGUGUUUCCUUGCAGGUAACCAUGGUUAACAGAGAAAGAACAAUGAUUUCAAGCACCACCCUCUUUUUAAAGCUUCCAGUGUGUUAUUCUAACUCAAUCAGCAUGACAGAGUGAUCUCCAGCCUUGUCCUCGUCAACACUCUCACCUGUGUUAACGAGAGAAUCACUGACAUGAUGUCAGCUGGUCCUUUUGUGGCAGGGCUGAAAUGCAGUGGAAAUGUUUUUGGGGGAUUAAGUUCAUUUUCAUGGCAAAGAGGGACUUUGCAAUUCAUCUGAUCACUAUUCAUAACAUUCUGGAGUAUAUGCAAAUUGCCAUCAUAAAAACUUUUGACCACGACUUUAUAUUGUAAUGGAUGAAUGUGGAAUAUGUUUGCUUGCAUCCCAGUCAGUGAGAUUUAACUCUGGAUUAUUUUGCAGUCGGACACCCCUUACCGCCGCUCCUUCACAGUGCUGGACAACAUUGGACAGGGACGUCCUGGCAGGGAAUCUGUGGGUACAGGUGGGCACCUCGUUUUACAUUGAAUACUGUACACAAUUUCUACACAUACAUUUUGUGGCUGAGUAUCUGUCUGGUACCCUAGCAGACUCUUUGGGCAUUGGAGUGAUGGGCAUCAGUCUGGGCAUCAGCAGCUCCUCCUUCCUGGACUCCUUCAUCCACCACCCCUUGGGCCACUCCCCCAUCAAGGAUGAGGAGGAGCCUGACACACAAGGCCCUCCCCCAGGUCAGUAGGAGCCUCCUGUGGUGGUCCUCAUUUAUAAAACACGUAGCUGGGUUGUGAUCUGUAGUUAUGUUUAUGAGAGAGUUCAGUCGUAGCCUCCAGUUAUCUAACAAGGAAAGUCAUUAUCUUCAGUCAGAUGAUUUGAAUAUUAACUAUCAAGAUGAUUUGAAUAUUAACUAUUAAUGCUCAUUAAGUCUUGUCUUUUUCCUGCUCUCGUCAGCUCUACUGGUGCCUGUGUCAGUCCCAGCACGCUCCUACAACCGGGGGGGCUUCACGUCCCGCAGUAGCAGACCUGGGUUGUAGCUCCUUCGACCGGUCGUCACUAGUUAACACAGCCACAAAGUCAUAAUUACGUUUAAACCCCGCCCAUUUCUACAAUUGAUCUUCUUAAAAUCUGAUUUUAAACCUAACCUUAACCACACUGCUAACCUUAUGCCUAACUUUAAAAUAAGACCAAAAAGCAAUAUUUUUUUAAACCAAUUUUGACUUUGGCUGUGUUAUCUACCUCGGCCCCCUCCACCAACCACACGCCUCAGCACGGCAGGAUGAAAUGCCCUGCUGCCAGUCCCAAUGGGGCCCUCAAACGACACUUUAUACAGCAGCAGAAAUGUUGUACAUUGUACUGUUUGGUGAUUUUAUUUGAUGCUUUUUUUGUUUUUCUAGAGCCCUAUUUUUGUAUGUUGGUACUCAGCUUACCUGGCUGCCAAAGACAACCUGUGUCAUUAA